UAUCGCGGAGCAGACGACGUUUUUAUUCAACACAUAUUUGAUGUACGCGCGACUGCAGAGUUCGUGAUUGAUGGGUUUUCUUUUGAUAUAAAUAUAAAUAUUUUGAAUUAAAAUGGCGCAAGAUGAGCAGAGUAGAGAGACGAAGAAAAAGGUUUCCACUAAGGAAAAGGAUAGAACCAAGUCAAAGGAAAAAUCACCAUCCAAGGUUAUCAUACGACGCCUGCCACCAACAAUGACAGAAGAAGUCUUUCUUGAACAGAUCUCACCAUUACCUGACAAUGAUUUCUUCUACUUUGUCAAAGGCGAACAGCAGUUUGGAGUUCCAACAUUUAGUCGGGCAUACAUAAACUUCCUGAACCUUGAAGAAAUAUUCACCUUCCAGGAUAAAUUUGAUGGUUAUGUUUUUCUUGAUCAGAAGGGCACUGAAUACCCAGCAGUAGUUGAAUUUGCUCCUUAUCAGAGAAUUCCUCGUCACCAAGAACCGGGAGCUAAAGAAGACAAGUGCAACACUAUUGACAAUGACCCUCACUACUUGGAGUUUUUAAAGAAGCUAGAACAGCCAGAUGAAAUCGUCUUGCAGAGCGCCGAAACAUACUUGGAGCAGCUUGAACUUAGAGAACGUGAAAUUAAAGCAAAUGGACAUGCCAAAGUUACUACACCGUUAGUUGAAUUUAUACAUCAGAGACGCCUUGACAGGGAAAAGUUCCGCGAGGAGAAAAAAGACGAAAGAAGACGGAAAGAAUUUGAUAAAAAGAAGCAACGAGAGCUUGAGCGUUUAAGUAAAAAACGAGAUGGCAAGAAGGAAGACAAGAAGCAAGACAAACCAAGUCAAAAAGGAAAGAAAGAGGACGAUCGACCGCACAAUCAAGUCAAAGUUUUGAGAAACACCGAGCGCGAAACUCUUGAGAAAGCUGAAGCUAGUGCAAAGAAAGUGGCUAAAGAAGGAUCACGCCCAAAACUGGAUAAGCCGAAAGAAAAAUUAGACAAACCGAAAGAUCGAAUAGUUAGAGAAAAAUCCAAGCCCAAAAUGGAAAAGAAAGCAGUUGCUGAAUCAUCGGUUGAUUCAAAUAAGCCUGACGUCAAGCAAGAAACGCAACAGCAACCAAAGAAAACAAUUCCGAAAGAGGAGGUUACGUCCAGUAACGAAAAUCCAGGAUCUGGAGCAACGUCCCCGAAACCAGAAGAAGAAAAGGGGUCGUCGAGGAAAAAACACGAUAAUGAUUCUGCUGACAAAGAAAGAAAGAUUCGAAAUAAAGAUAGACCAGCAAUUCAGAUUUAUCGACCUGGUGCUAAACGCGUGACAGUCCCAAAAUCGGAUGAUUCGAGUAUGACUGUUGCAUCACCCAUAGAAGGAAUGAAACGAGAAGUAAAGACACGGACCUUUUCGCGAAGUGCGAGAGAGUGAUCUUGUUUGAAAGUUUCAGCGUACGUCUCCAGCUGUGGAACGUCCAAAAGUGAAGAGAAAAUUGACACGCAUCGGCGCCACAAAAUUGUUAUUGCUCAGUUUUGUCAUUUCUUCCCGAAUCCUGUCGUCCCUUUUACAAGAUUUUUUUACUGUUCAAGUCGCCGCCUAUGGAUUUGUACAAGAAGAUAAGUUUCCGGGCUAAUCCUUUUCCAAUAAACCAUCAAUACAA